CCGCCUCGGGGGCUGGGCUGCGAUGUGGUGCGGCGGGCCAGGCUGUGGACGCACGGUAGAGGCGCCGGGCAGCAAGUCCAGCUUCGGGUGUUCCUGUAUGAGGGCAGAGAUCUGCUGCAAGAGGAAGUGGUUCAAUAGGACUCAGGAUGUCUGAAGAUGAAGAAAAGGUGAAGCUACGCCGGCUCGAGCCAGCUAUCCAGAAAUUCACUAAGAUAGUGAUCCCCACUGACCUGGAGAGGUUGAGAAAACACCAGAUAAACAUUGAGAAGUAUCAGCGGUGCAGAAUUUGGGACAAGUUACAUGAAGAGCACAUCAAUGCAGGGCGCACUGUUCAGCAACUCCGCUCCAAUAUCCGAGAAAUGGAGAAGCUUUGCUUAAAAGUCCACAGGGAUGACCUGGUUCUUCUGAAGCGCAUGAUAGAACCUGUUAAGGAGGCAGCAGCAGCUGCCACGGCAGAGUUUCUCCAGCUCCACCUGGAAUCUGUCGAAGAACUGAAGAAACAAUUUAAUGACGAAGAAGCUUUUGUACAGCGUUCUCUGACCAGAUCCACGACCAUUGGUGGCGUGCUCCACGCUGGGGAGGCCGAAGCUGCUUCUCAGAGUCUGACUCAGACAUACGCCUUGCCUGAAAUUCCUCGAGACCAAGAUGCUGCUGAAUCCUGGGAUACCUUAGAAGCGGACUUAAUUGAACUUAGCCAUCUGGUCACUGAUUUCUCCCUCCUAGUGAAUUCUCAGCAGGAGAAGAUUGACAGCAUUGCAGACCAUGUCAACAGUGCUGCUGUGAAUGUUGAAGAGGGAACCAAAAACUUGGGGAAGGCUGCAAAAUACAAGCUGGCAGCUCUGCCUGUGGCAGGUGCACUCAUCGGAGGAGUGGUGGGGGGUCCCAUCGGCCUCCUCGCAGGCUUCAAAGUGGCAGGAAUUGCAGCUGCACUUGGUGGUGGGGUGUUGGGCUUCACAGGUGGAAAAUUGAUACAAAGAAGGAAACAGAAAAUGAUGGAGAAGCUCACUUCCAGCUGUCCAGAUCUCCCUAACCAAAGUGACAAAAAAUGCAGUUAAAGCCCAGGCUUCCGGCUGGCGCGAGGUCACCUCGCUGCUGCUGCCGCCGCCGCUGGAACAGUGCUAGGAAGCGGCUCUCCAUGUCCUUGGGGCAGUGAACCACCAUAGAGGACGAUUUGUUUCCUGGGUGUUAAUGGAGAUGGUGGAGGGGAGGAGCCUGGGCUGAGGGUGUGUGCUGUCUGUCAGGUCAAGUUUAAAGACUGCCAAAGAGCAAGUGUUCUGCCUGCAAAUGUGAAAACUGAACCCAUAACUAUAAGAUGUGUAGAAAUGUAUUGGACAGCUGAGGGUCAGUGUAUUUGUAGAUUAUUUCUCCAAGAAUAUGAGUGCAGGAGUCUUUCUGUCCGGUGGGAAUGUUGCUGCCUAACAAGGGACACCGGUGAGCUACUUGUGUACUUGGGGGCUGGCUGAACUUGGAUCCAUCUAUAUUUUCUGAGGAAGGAGAUUAAUACUAUAAAAUAGAAAGAGAAGCCCACUUUCUCCUCACAGUCUCCUCAUUGUGACAUAGGUAUCUUUUCUGAAGUCAGCCCCUCCCAUGCUGGACCCACCAGACCAGCCACCAAGCCGCUUCCAGCUGGUGAUCCUGAAAGCUCUCUGCUUCUAGGGUGAAUUCUACCUGUAUUAUGAGGAUUUUUUUCACAAUCUGCCUUUUUAUCUAGUUUUCCAUCUCUAGCUUAAUCUCUUAUGUUGAAAAAGAAAAUUUAAGUACUUUCAACAUUAUUUGGGUGGAGAGGAGUGUAAAGGCUAUAUAUAUCAUGGAGCAUUUUAGAACUUCAGGAGUCUGGCAUACCUGUCUCAAGGGGUCUGGGCCCCUCAGCCUUCUCGGAGGGGGGCAAGAAGGAGCUUUCUACCUCACUUCUGUUACUGCUGCCCUUUCCCCAGCCUUCUCCCUCCUGCCUCUGCCGCUGUUCUUCCAGUGUUCAAGCUUAACUUCUCUCAUGUUCUAGAUGGCCAAGGCCAAGAUUCAGACUCAAGGAAAGCUCUGUGGUGCUAACCCAAAAGUUCACAUGGACAGCAGGCAUGCUCCAGUCCAGCUCCAUGUCUGUCUCAAACGAGAAGAUUUGAGAUCUAGAGAAAGGAACUUAAGACUGAAGGCAGCCUCACCCCGAAUCCUAGCUCAUUGGAAAUAAGAAGGGGCUACUGGUCGCCUCAACUCUUUAAUCUCUCCUGAAGAGAGUGCACGACCAGCCAGGAGCACAGGUUCGAGGGCCAAAGGGUUCAUCACUUAGCUGCUUUUAAGAGCUGAGUUGAUGUUUGACCUCUACUGGUUGCUACAUUUCCUUCUGGGCCACAAAAUCCUUCCCUUCCAUGUUCUGUGUCUGACCAGUGUAUUCCUAUGAAACAAAGCACUACAUCUUCUUAAAUGACUGGGAAGUAUCAAGUAAAUGUGGAUCCUGAAACACUGCCUGACACUGGGCAUUAAGUAUUUGGAGUAAUUGCUUUUAACUUCAUACUUGUUCUCCAGCUCUUGCUGCUCCUUUAAGACAGCAUGUCAUACCUGAGGAGGGCAGGGCAGAACUCAUCCAUAUUUUAUUUAAGACAACAUUCUUUCUUCUUUUGUUUCAUUUUUCAAGAUGGUUUCUCUGUGUAGCCCUGAUUUGCCUUUUCGGGGAACUCUAUAGAACAGGCUGACCUCGAACUCAGAGACCUACCUGCCUCUGCCUCCUGAGUGCUAGGAUUAAAGGUGUGCCUCCAUACCUGGCUAAAACUAGAUUCUUGAACCUUGGCCACAGGUUGGCCACAGCCAACCCAGCCUGCUUAGCUGGAAUUACAAGAAUAAGCAAUGCCAUUUAAUUCUUUUAAUCUCUCGUAUUCUACUUUAUCUUCCUCUUUGCUUAAUACUCAAUUCUGCCAAUCCCAAAAGGGCCACUCAGUCAGUGUGCCAUAAGCAGGGUGCCACAGCCACAGCACAAAGAACUCAAAAGAACCAGUAGUGAGGCCUGUAUGUGAAACUCACACCUUCUGGAUUUUGCACUUUUGCUGAACCAGUGGAGGAACUGUUGACAUGGCCAUGAACUAUCAGUAUUGGGCUUUUGACUCUAGCUGUCUCCGUGCUUAAGGAAGGUACAGUCUUCUUUAAAAUUUUAUUAUACUUUAAAGUUAUUUAGAAAUUGUAUUUCCUUUCUCCACAGUAGAACCUAAUAGCUAACUUUUUGUGGAAAUUACUUAGAAGUGUUUAAUCAACUACAAAUGAAAUAAAGUACUUAAAAGUGUCAUUUAAUCAAUAUGACACAGAAGUGAUCUUAAACUUGAAUUUAAUAUGCCCUAUAGUGUCUAAUUAAAUUUAUCUUUUCUAUGAUUUAUGUCUUAUUUUUAUUCCAACCAGUUAAAAAGAACUACUUUAAUUAAGGUCUUAAAGUUUGCAAAGACUCAUUUCAAUAAUGCCGGUACUCCUAAAGACUGUUUUUGAUGUUAUAAUCCAAGAAUUCCAAUGAAAUUUUAGUGUAACCCACAGUAAAAAGUAUAUUAAAAUUGAACAUAUAGACAUGAGAAAUGUUUACCAUUAUAUGCAAUACAUUCUGAUGUUUUGUUUUCAACAUGCUAGUUUCAACCUACUAAACCACUCUCAGUCUACAAAUAGAUUAACACUCUCAGUUUUCAGAAAACACCCUUCCCUACAGAAAAAGUGGUGUGUACCAAGCAGUCUGCCAGGCACUCCACCAGGCAUUUGAGGAUAGUGUAACUGGGCCUCAGGAAUUCAGUAAUUCGCAGAGUCACUCAGUUCUGAAGCCAGGAAGCCAGGAUGGGGCUGUGUGUUGAUGCUUAGCCUGCUCUGUCAACUGUGCCUCACUGGGAGCCCAGAGGCUGUGGGCCAGCGGACAGCCACCCACACUGUUCACUUGCUUCUUUGUCUUCUGGCCUCACUAGGUGUCCGCAGCCUGCCCUUAAUCGUGGCUAUGGCAGAACACGGCACUGCACCGUUCCUCAAGUGUAAACUAUGAGUGCUGGGGAUCCAACCCACCCCCUACACUCUGGUUUAUAUCCGAGGUUAUGAUCAUUGCUUAAAGUGUUUUAUAUAAUUUAAAGUACUUUUAAAACAGGUCUCUCAUUGCUUUUAGAAUCAAUGAAUCAUUACUCUUUAAAUGAUGCUCCUGGGAAGCCAUGCAGGCACAGCAGGGUAUAGGUAACAGCCUAUUUCUGAACAUCAGCUUUUGGAUUGCCAGUAAAGAAUUGCAUGUUAAAUAAGAAAAGCCACAUCCACUGUGUUGGCCACAGACUGUUCCCCCAUACCGUUUGACCCUGCUCUCUUCCCAUCUUAAUUUUGUGUCUUCUGUUGGCUUAACUCUCUUGACUCACACACAGGAGCCAGGGACUUAACAUGCCUAGAAAGCAAGCAUGCCGAAAGCUGCCUCUAACUGGCCGGACUUCUAGUGCAGGGACCCUGAAAUUCCACAAAUGUCCUUCUGCCGGUCUGCCUUUCAUACUCUUAUGUUUUCUGCCGUGAGAACUGGUUGCUGUUAACACCUACUGUUUCCAAGUAGGAAACGGAACUACAGACACCUAGCACACUACCUUCCAGUAAAAGCCCAGAAGCCAAGCGUUCCUUUGAGUUGUUAGAAAAGGCAUUUCUCAGAAGAGUCCCAGAAGCCCUUCACUGACAGCACAUGGAUAAAGGAGUGACAGCCUCGGGCAAGGUCCUCCUUGUGCAUACAGUGCUUUCUCCUCACAGAGCAGAAUGUGGCUGUGGCUCCCAGGUGCUUACUGAUGUCUGAUGACAUUCUCAAGUAGUUAGAGAUCUGACAAGGCAAGGGUGCUUCCUCUCUGGCCCAGAGUAAUAACACACAUUCAGAUUCUGUAUGUGGAGUUUGUUUUUGCUUUCUGGAACAGACUUUACUGAUAGUGUAGGCUGGUUUUGAACUUGCAGUCCUGCUGUCAGCUCUCAAGUGCUGGGAUUAAAAACAUCCAACUCUGUUUUAUAACUCUUAUUAACACAUGUUUCUAGUAAGCGGUUCUGUUUGUAUUCAGCAGCUUGGCACCCUUUCACAGAAAAACUUCUAGAGUGUUAAAGUCAAUAGUAAAAGAGUUGUGUAUCUACGCUACUACCUUCAAAGAAACUAGUUUGUGACACACAUACAUCUGUGCAAUAUUAACCCAACAAAUAUAUUGGAAUAAAAACAUAAAAAAUGUCAAGGGCAAAAUGAUUUGCCCGAGAUCACAAAGCUACUCUGUAUCAGAUCUAAGAGAAUGACUUGGGGUGUGGUGGGGAGGAUCCUCCAUGUACUUUUACCAAGGUUUUCUUAUGCUAUGUCAAGCUGCCUGCUGAAGCUUGUAGGUCAGGCCAACUCAAUGGUCCAAAUCAGGCAAAAUGGGAAGAAAUGUAAGAACACAAAUUGCUUUAAGAAGAGGAAAUUAGAUGCAAUUUCUUAACCUUCCAAACUGUAUCAGUCUCACCGCCUGUUCCUUGCAGUAAAAGCACGAGGACCCCCCAUCAGCAGCAAGUGGCGCUCUGUCGGCCCGUGAGCCCCUUACACACUUAUUUGAGCGAGACACUCAAUAGUUUGCUUUUUUGUAUACACUUCUCGACUUUUUGAGAUUUUCCUUUUGAUGUUAAUAAAUUGUGUUAGUAGAUUCCAUUAGCUAAAUGCCUCAAAGGAGUGAUUCACAUUGUUGUUGAACUUUAGGUAUGGACAGGAAAGACUCAAUGGUGAGGAUUUCUGCAAAAUUCAAUACUUCCUGAAUUGGUUUGUCAUUUAUUAUGUUGCUGAGUGGUGCUUGAAUAAGGAAAUAUGCAAUAAAAUUCACCCAUUUGACAAACACUAAA